AUGUACAAACAGAAUUCGCUAGAAUCAAGAGAUAUAAAUUAUAUUUACGAGGAUUCAUGGGUAUGGGUUAAUUUGAAUUCUAUAAAAAAUAAAAAUGUGGGAUUAUAUAGAGAAAUAUUAGAAUAUUAUAAAAAUAAGAGGAAAACAUAUUUUUGCUUUUUUAAAGGAAGAGUAAAUAGAUUUGUUUCAAAUAAAGAAGUGGAAAUAUAUAUAUAUGUAGAUGAUAAUUAUGAAACCUUAAAAAAUAAUAUAAAUUAUGAGAUAAUAGAGAAUGUCAAAUAUCUAUUACCAAUUGAUACAAAUUUUGGGUGUAAAGACAAUACAGAAUUAAUAUAUUUAAAUCCUCCAAAUGUAUUAGAAAAUAUUUAUCAAAGAUAUAAUAAUGCAUAUAUGAGUGAAGAAAAUAGAAAUUGCAUUUAUACAUAUAUAGGUUAUAUAUUAUUAUCAAUAAAUCCUUAUACAAAUUUUAAAAUUUAUGAUGAUAAUUAUAUGAACAAAGUAAGAAAUGAAAAUAAUUUAUUUUCUAUUCCCCACCCCUUUUCUAUUGCAAAUGAUGCUUAUAAUUGUUUAAUGAAAGAUCAAAUAAGUCAAUCUAUAAUUAUUAGUGGAGAAAGUGGGUCUGGUAAAACUGAAUCCUCAAAGCAGGUUCUAAAAUAUCUAACUUAUUUGAGCUCUUGUAAUAAAGAUGUAAGAAAAAAAAUAAUAAAUAAAAAGCAAAAAAAAUACUAUAAUAAUAAUGGAAAAACACGAUACAAUAAUGAAGAAAAUAUAGAAGAAAUAUAUGACAACAGUGUUAAUGAAUUUAAAAAUGAGAUAAACAAAAAUAGUUAUUUUAAUAAAUUUGAUCAUAUAAAAAAAACAAAUGAUGGUAAUGAUAAUACAUUGAAUAACCAAAUGGAAAAUCAAACUCACAAAAAAACUAUUAUGGGAGAAAAAAAUAAUUAUACAGAAAAUUCACAAUAUAUAUCAUCUUAUGAAGAAAAAAUACAAAAUAGCAAUCCAUUAUUAGAAUCAUUUGGAAAUGCUAAAACAAUAAAAAAUGAUAAUAGUAGUAGAUUUGGAAAACUUAUGAAACUAAAUUAUGAUGAAAAUGGAAUAUUAUGUUCAGCAUCUAUUGAAACAUAUUUACUUGCAAAAUCGCGAGUUGUUAAUGUUCCAUGUGGAGAAGGAAAUUAUCACAUUUUUUAUGCAUUAUGUCAAAAUAAAAAUAUAGCUGAAAAAUUUAAUUUGCUUCCUUGGCACAAGUAUAACUACUUAAAAGAUAAAAACAAACUUAGUGAUAAUAAUGAAAGUGAAAAUGAAAAUGGAAAUGAAAAUGAUACUAAGAAAAAUUUCGAAGAAGGUGGAGAAGACACUCAAGAUGAUUCAGAACAUAUUAAAAUUAUGAAAAAUGAAAAAAAUAAAAAAACACGAAAUAAAAGGAAAAAGACAGAGUUUUCAAAUAAUAAUACAGAAGAAACGGAAAAAAAUAAAUAUGAAAAAAAUCGAACAAACAAUUUGGAAAAUAUAAAUUAUGGUAUAGACGAUGAUUAUAAGAAAUGUCCAUAUGAUCUAAAUGUUAUUAUGAAAUGUUUUAGAACUAUUGGAGUUUUGGAAAAUGAGCAAAAUGAAAUUUAUAAAACAUUAAUAUGUAUUUUAUUGUUGGGAAAUAUCGAUUUUAUUGAAGACAAAAAUGAAGAAGGAGAAAAACCAUUAAAAAUAAAAAAUAUGAAUUUAUGUGAACAGUUGAAUAUACUUUUAGGAAUAAAUCAAGAUGGGUCAGGUAAUAAUACUCGAAAGAUCCUAGAAAUUUUAACUAUAAAAAAAGUUAGAGAAACUCAAAAAAAUUAUACAUAUCAACAAGCUAUAUAUAAUCGUGAUGUUAUAUCAAAAGCUUUAUAUCAGCUUUUGUUUGAAUAUGUAAUAUUGAGAGUUAAUGAUUCAUUAAAUGUUAAACAAAAUUUUGAAGAAUGGGAAGAUGACGAAAAAGAAGAGGAAGAAAAUGAUCAAAAUUUUAAAAAAAGAAAACACCAAAAAAUGUGUUUAGUAAAAAAAAAAAAAAAUAUUAUAGAAAAUGAGAAUUAUAAUGAUGAUACUGAAAAAAAUAAUAAUAAAUAUUUUAUAGGAAUAUUAGACAUUUAUGGAUUUGAAAAUUUUUCCUUAGAAGGGAUAAAUGGAUUCGAACAAUUAUGUAUAAAUUAUGCUAACGAAAUAUUACACUCAUUUUUUUUGAAACAAAUAAUAUAUAAUGAACAUAAAAUACAUUAUGAAGAAAAUUUAUCUAUAGGAAAAGUUAAAUAUAGUGAUAAUAGUAAUGUUAUAUCAUUAAUAGGAGAUAAUAAAAAUAUAAGUAUUUAUACAAUACUAGAAGAUUUAGCAUUAUUAUUUACAUCUAAUAAAUCAGAUGAAGAAAAUAAUAAAAAUGUAUUUUUUGAAAAAUUAAAUAAGCAUGUUAUCAAUUCAUCUAAAUAUAAAUAUACAAUAAAAAAUUAUAAAGAUUCAAAAAAUUCUUUUAUAAUUUGUCAUUAUGCUGGUAAUGUUUUAUAUGAUUCUAAUGAUUUUUUUAAUAAAAAUGUAGAUAUACUUACUAAUGAUAUUGAAGAAUUUUUGUCUAACUGUAACAGUUUUAUUAGUAUAAAUUUGUUGAAAAAAAAACGAUAUGAUAAAUUUAACAAUGAUAAAAUAUGGAAUAAUGAAAAUAAAGAAGAAAAAGAAACUAAUAAUAUUUCUGAUAAUAAAAAUCAAGAAAAAUUAAAAAGACGAAAACUAUCUGUUAAAGAAAUUGUAUGUGAACAUGAAUCAGACCAAAAAUGGAAUUCUGGUGUACAUAAUGAGAUAAAUAAUUUAUAUAGAAAUAAAGUAAAAUCAAUUUUUUCUUCAUUUAAAAAACAGCUAGAAAUAUUAACUAAUAAAUUAGAUUUAACAUGUUCUAAAUUUAUUAGAUGUAUAAAACCAAAUGAAGAAAAAGCAGCAAAAUAUUUUAACAAAAAUUUAGUACUUAAUCAAUUAGUUAUGAGUGGAAUGAUUGAUAUUCUAAAUUUAAUGAAAAAAGGAUAUCCAUGUCGUGUUUUAUAUGAUGAUAUUUGGAAAACUUAUAAUAAAAUAUUACAAGAAGAUAUGAAAACAUUUUUAACCCCUAAAAUGUUUUGUGAACUUGUUUUAAAAUUUUUACAAAUAAAUUAUAACGAAUAUACAUUUGGAAAAACCAAAAUAUUUUUUCGUUUUGGAGUUUUAUCUCUUAUAAAUGAAAUAUUAUUAAAUAAAAAUGAAAAAAAAAAAAAAAAAUUUAUAGAAUGUGUUUACAAAUUUUGGCUAGCUAGAAGAAAAAGAAGAUUAUUAAAUUUUGUCUUAUUUGGAUGUCGAUUUAAAAUUUUAUUUAAAAAGCAAAGAUGGAAAAUGCUAAUGAAUAAUGGUUUACAAAUGUAUAAUAAUUAUCUUUUUAAAGAACAAAAAAAAAAUAUUAAAAAAAUUCUUAUAUAUUAUUUCAAUGUCUACAAACAAAGAAUCUAUUUUUUAGAAUUAAAAAAAUCAACUAUUAUUAUACAAAAAAAUUAUAGAAAAUAUAUAUGCCGAAAAAAAUAUAUAAAUAUCAAAAGAACUAUACGAUUUAUACAAGAUUAUUAUAUAUUCAGAAAAUAUUAUCAAAAAAGAAUCAAAGCUUCUAAUAUUAUACGAAAAUAUUGGUUAAUGUAUAUAAUUAAAUCAGAUUAUAAAUAUGUGAUUAAUUCUAUUAUUAAAAUACAACGUGCUUUUAAAAUGUAUAUGAAAAAGAAAUAUAUAGAUUAUUGUUUAAAUGGGUCUCAAUUAAAAAACGAAGAAAAAAAUAUUUAUUCCCAAAAAAAUAAUGUGCAUGUAUAUAAUCAAAUAUCUGAUCAAACAGAUCGAAUUGGAUCUUUCAUAUAUAUUCAUUCAGAAAAAAAAAGAAGACAUUCAUUUUCGAUCUUGGAAAAUAUAAACAAAUCUUCAAAAAAACAACACACAUUUAAAAGAGCAAAUACUUGGGAUAUAGGAAAUGAUGCAUCAAAAUAUGGUUACAAUUUUCCAGCAAAAACAACCUUUGAUACUAAAAGGGUAUCCAUAGAAAAUAAUUUACAACUAUAUGAUAAUAUUUAUAAUAAAAACGAUAUUAUUGAAAAUGAAGAAAAAGAAAUAAAGGAAAGAAGAAGCUAUACCGCCAAUAUUCCAUUUAUGAAUGUUGGAAAUAUACAAAAUAAUGAACAGAGCAAAGAAAAUGAAGAUAAAAAACAUAUUUUUAACAAAAAAAAAGGCAUCAAAUUUUAUGGAAAAAAUAAAUAUAGAUUUAGUAAUUUAAGCACAUGUAACAGUAUUAUUGAUACCAAUUUAAAGAAUACCACCUCAAAGAAAUUGGAAAAAAUAAAAUUUGAUAAUACAGGAAAAUUCGAAAUUAAUAUAAAAACACAUAAUUAUAAUAAUACAAAAAGUGUUUUUGUGUCUAGUUAUAAAGGUAUUGAAAAUAAUGUUUCUAAUCUUUUAAAGAAUACGAUAUAUGAUAGAUAUAUUGAAAAAUAUAAACAAAAUCAUACAAAUAAGCAAAAGGAAAGGAAAAAAAAAUCUAUAUACAUAAAAAAUAACUAUAGCAAUAUCAGUAACAUAUAUAGUAUCCAUAAGCCUAAAAAAGAAGAGACCAUAAAAAGGCAGUAUAAUUUCGACGUAACCGAUGUACUGAUUAUCCCAGAAGAUUUUUAUGUGUGUGAAUCAUAUAUUCCGACUCCAAAUAUAAUGCAUGAAAAUCAUGAAAAUUAUUUGAUGCUCUGCAAAUAUUUAGACAAAAACUUGAACUCAAAAAUUCCAGUGAUCCAGAUGAAUGUUUUUAAAUGCUCAGAAAUUGAAAAAUAA